GUAAUAAGCGCGGUUCGCAAUUGGUCCAGGAGUCUGCCAAUAUUCGGCAAGGCGGUUCAGGUUGGAUAAUUGCUCAUCCAUGAACGAGUAAUCCCUCACAGACUAUCUGCGCAGAGACUGCGGCUGAGUUUACAUGCACGCAAAUCCCCCCUCGGAGCGGGCGGAUAUGUGGAGCUAGUCGUCCGUCCUUGCGCAGGGAGUGUCUGCGUCGCGCUCUGGAAUUUCCUCUGGACUUCGCUCGCGACCCGACAGGGAUAACGGCUCCACCCGUCUCCGCAACUCAGAUGGAGCUUCAACUUUGAACUAACCGGGUUUUCAAGAGAGCGCCAUUUCUACGCGCAGUGCGAGAAAAUCGUUGUGCUCGUCCGUCGCGUGUGAUCUAUCGCGCUGCAGGCAUGGGGACCGUGCUCUCCGUAAGCCCUCUGUCGGGGAAGGACCCCGCGCCGGGGCAGCGGAGGGACCAGAGGCAUGAACACGGCCGGAGGAGCCUUAAGAAACCGUCUGCGAUCGUGUCCGGUCUCACGUUUAAGCGGCUGGUUACUAUAUCAGCCAAGAAAAAAACGGGAAAGAAAGUUUCCCCGAAUCCUCUAUCCCCUUCGAGAGGCGACGGCCAGGCAGAUCCGCUAACCUACGCGAACGUGAGGAAGUGCGUCCAGCACGCCAACACGGACCGCGAGUCAAAGCACGGACUUGUUUCUGUCCCGAUCCCGACAGUUCCUUCUCAGGGGCUCCACGAAACCCUGCUGUCGCCGAGCGCAAAGCAGCCCAAACCUGUCCAAACGCAGCGGCGUGGAGGGUCUUUCGUGUCGCCGGAGCGUGUGAUCGUACAGGCAUCAACAGGGGAUCUUUUGCGCUGCCUAGGGGGCUUCCUGUGUCGUCGGUGUUUCAGGCUCAAGGAGCUGAGUCCAGGUGAGGUCAGCCUCUGGUUCCGAAACGUCGACAGAACGCUGCUGAUGCAAGGAUGGCAGGAGCAGGGCUUCCUAACCCCCGGCACCUUGGUGUUCGUGUACCUGCUCGUGAAGGAAACCGUGACUGAUGACGUUGCAAGUCGGCGGGAACUGCAGGGCCUUUUCCUCACCUGUCUGUACUUGGCCUACUCGUACCUGGGCAGCGAGAUCUCCUACCCUCUUAAGCCUUUUAUCUCCGACGGUAACAAGCACGUGUUCUGGGAUCAGUCGUUAGGGAUUAUUAAUAGACUCAGCGCGCAGAUGCUGAAGAUUCACACGGACGCGCACUUUUUCACUGAGGUUUUCCAAAACCUCAAAAACGAAGGUGAAUCGAAAGAGGAGCGCAGCUACCUGGACCCUUAAACCAGUACAGCACGUGCACAGGCGUUAGAGCAGCCAAUGAUUUACACUUAAGCGCGCGCUCAUGCACACUUCUGUCAGGUUUAUCUGACUUAUAGCAGAUUGUACAUGUCACGUCACUUGUAACAGUAUUGAAUACCUCGUGCUGUACUCUGACAUUAAGUAGCAAUAAAGUCACUGCUGUGUGGACAGUUUAGUGCAUGCCAGGUUUACACGUGUUCCGACGGCUUGGACAUCCGCCAGCGACGCGGAAAGCAGUUUAAAAGAAGUUGCGUUAAUGUUUUAAUGUUUUAAGCACGUUCAGUGCGCUGGACGCAGCGCGAGGAGCUAUCCGAGGUUCUGACGCGCGGGUUUCGUAUGAUGGUCAUCACCUGUGCUUAUGAACGUCAAAUGUGUAGAGUUUUGAGUUUUCUUUUGUUUCAGUUCAUGUAUGGUUUAAGGAUAAAUUUAACAUUAAUCUGUAUUAUUAUUAAAGUUUUUUUUUAUUA